AUGAAUUCUUUCAUUGAACUUUUAAAACCUAGUCGACUUACUGUUUGCAAUGCUCCUGAUGAUGACUAUAGAAGAUUAUUAAAGUUAACUAUUGGUGAAAUUUUAUCAAUAACACAAAUUUAUCAUUUGAAAAUUUCCGAAGAAAAUAUUUGUUGUACUAAAUUAAUCGAUAAAUUACCUUCACUUUAUUCAUUAAAAAUCUUUUCUUUGAAAUUAUUAGAGCUAAUAUUUGCCGAUUUCUACGAACAUAAACUUCAUUUGGUAGCAAAUAAUAAUAAUAUCACCAAAGUUUAUCUAUUCAAAAUGAAUACUAUCGAAGAAGUUUAUUUUCUUAUAAGACUUUGUCCUGAUAUAGCAUAUCUCAAAGUCAAUUUUAUCAAUAAUAUUGAUUAUGAAGUGUUUCUAAAAGAUCUUUUAAUGAAAAUUAAUAAUGCUGGCAAUCAAUAUCUUCAUUUAUUAUGUCUUUAUAUCCCAACAGCAAACAAUGAAAUGAUUAGCAAAUUACAAGAUAUGAUCAAUCGUGAGAAACUUCUUCAUCGUUUUAUCAUUAAACUUGAAUUUGAUAAUAUGUAUCAUUAA